AUGGUAUCGGGCGCGCCGGACAACACCUCGACGUCGUCUCGCAGCGGCACCCCCGGCUCCUCGUACCCGGGCACGCCGCCAGAGCGCCCCGCGUCGCCCCAUCCGCUCAAGACGGAGCACGUGGCCAGGAACUACUCCGACUUCAUGCGCUCGCUCGCCGCCAAGUACAACAACGCCAACACCAACGACUACCUGAGCAGUGCGGCGGCGGCGGCGGCGGCGGCGGCUGCGGCGACAGGCGCGCGCAACGGCUACCUGGACCCGCGGUUCGCGCCCUUCAAGUCGGGCGCCGCCACGCCCUUCGUAGGGCUGAUGGCGCCGCUGACGGCCGCCGCCAGCCCGCUGCCCGGCAUCAAGGGCGGCGUCGGGCUCGGCGGCGGGCCCGCGCCCACCGGCUCCCCCAAGGACGAGCACGGGGGUGGCGGGGGCGGCAAGAAGGUCGGCGCGGGCGGCCCUCCCACGCCGGCGCCCACGCCCGCCCCCGCCACGGACCUGCUCGGCAUGUUCCCGCCCAUGAUCGACAUGAGCUCCACGCAGGCGCUGCUCUCCAUGGUGCGCUCCGCCAACGCCUCCCAGCUCGAGAACUACCUUAAGGGUGCGAGCAGCCGCCGGCCAGCAGAGUCCUCUCCGCUGGACCUGAGUCCAGGCGCCGUGGUACCGCCUCCAGCCAAGAGGCGCGCCUACCACGCCCCCUCCAGGAGCAUCGGGGAGAGCCUCUUCGCCUCCAAGGACACGCACAGGCUGCGCCGGCUGGGCAGCGUGUCGCCGAAGCCGCGGCCCCCGGCGCCGCCCCCCGCCGCCUCCGCCGCCACGUGCGCCCCCGACGCCGCCGCCACUGCCACCUGGAGCGUCGAAGACGUCGCUGCCUUCGUCGGCUCCAUCGACCUGUGCGCCGAAUACGCGCAGAACUUCCGCGACCAGCGCAUCGACGGGUGCGCGCUGCCGCUGCUGACGGAGGAGCACAUGACGGGCGCUCUGGGCAUGCGCCUGGGCCCCGCACUCAAGCUGCGCGCCGCGCUCGCCAGGCGCCUCGGCCAGUGCGCCGCCUGCGCGCAUUGCCUCCACUGCCACGCACCGCAGCCCGCGCAGGCGCAGACGCAGGCGAGCGCGGCCGCCGCCUCCGCCGGCCACUCGCCCGCCUCCAGGCCGGCCAGCACCGGCGUCUAGGCGCCCCACUGCCUGCGGCGACCGACGAGCGUCAGCGGGGAAACUUCCGACGAAGCAGUUUCUGCGAUCGGACAGUGCUUGUCUGCCUGACCACACGGACUCCCGAGACCUAGCUGGGCGCCACUGUGAAGACUCGUGGUGUGUUAGUGCGGCAGAAAUAUUCCCAUCCGUGUUUCAAAAAGAUUACUCCGAUAUCGCGAGACUAUAAAGAAUCGAAACCGGGGGUAAACUUUAACUUGCACGUAGACAGGACCGUUCGAGAACAGUUUACCACACAAGCGGUGCCCACUCUCAGUUUGACGCCCCAAGUGGCUGCCAGUAACUCAGAUACCUUCAGCAUAAAAAUCUUACAGCUAUGGCACCUCUGCACCCCUCUCGGCUUGGCAGCCCAACUGCACCUUUUGUCACUUGGCCCUUAAACUGGCCCUCCACAUACAAAGUUUUUAUUUUCAGAACCACCAUACAAUUUUACAAGAGACUUUUACAUGCAUGUUUGGGCUUGCUUUUUACCAAUUAUGUUUAGGAUCAAAGCUUUCAUUUACAUUUCACAAAUGUCAAAUGUGCCUUCCACCAAAUGCACGACAUCCGUCCAGACGACUGACAAACUCGUCCUGUACUUCUGAGAACGUGUUUGGAGUUAAUGCAAUCAGAGCUGUCCCACACUUCACCCGAAGUUGUUGGGAGUGGAGGCAUGUUGAUUGAGUCUUUCACAAACCUGCACUACAAAUAUCACAUACGCUGAGAUAAGGCAAUCUUGGAAAGCAAUGGUGCAAUCCGUACACCCCUUAUCAUUGAGGCAGUACUCUCAAAUAAAAUUACACCACAUAGUUUUUCACUGAAUUUCACAUGUUGAAAUGGAGAAUGCAAAAUGCCUUUUGUUGAUGUGAUAUCUCCAUCUCCUAUCGAUGCACGAAAACCGUUCGGGGCUUAAUGAUGAUCUAAAUGAAAUAAUUGACAGUCCAAACUCUAGAGCAACAACUACAAGAGAAGCCUGCAAUUUCAAACAUCACCUCCUAGACACUGAACUUGUUUUUCUUCUCUCUAUUUUUCAAAGGAGAUUUUUAAAGACUGAACAGUUUUUCAACACUCUUCAAAGAAAGAGAAAAAAAAGCACAGUUCGUCAACAGUGCUGUUUCGGAACAUGUAGCUCACAUCAAAAACUUAAGGAAUGAAGAUAAAUUCAUCAUCUUUUUCAGUCCCAUGAAAUGCUGGACUAAUUUGCGAGCUGAACCUUCCACGAAUAGAGCUGAAGUGACAGAUGAAUACAUUAGCAAUCCAUUGAUGUCAACAAUACUACGAGGUUUACUUCGAGCUAUUGGAUAAUAUUGUAACGCAAGUGGAAACCAGGUUUUCACAUUCUGAUAAACUGCUCUUUCUUAAAUUAGAUGAUACUAUUCAGUUUGCCAAUUAUGAUCAGCAUUUCCUAGUAGACAGUGUCAAUUCGUUAUUACAAAUGAAUGGUGCACCCUUCAGUCACUCGCCGUCAUGUGUAGAACUGUGGUGUAUUUCCUCACCAGCAUAAAGAAACAUUAGACUCCAUCAGUGUGAGAGACAUUAUAAGAAUGAUUGAGAAUUAAAUGGGUCAAAAUCUUCCAGAAGCUCUCAAACAGUUUUGUCUAAUUGCUACCAUUCUUACAACAUGUACUUAGUUGAAAGUUUUUCUUGUAUUAAGAAAAAAUUGAGGAACGGUGCAGCUUCAGGAUAAUACAGGCUUCAGGCUUUCUUUCAACCAUCUUCCAAACACACAGCAGUUCUCAACAGUGUUGUUGGUAAACACAUGAGAUGGAACUGUAAUGCCAGAAUAAUAUCAGCCAUUCAUAUUGGGUAAAGAGUGAGGUCUCUAGCCACACCAUGGGCACCCCUAUUGUCAACCACAUAAACUGACAACUUAUGCACCAGGGAAAACACUUCAUUCCAGUGUUUCUAUCUUUAUUCGUGUACAUGAAAUAGUCUUGUGAAAUCACAAUAAUCUUUUUGAAAUAACCUGUAUUUUGCGAAGAUAUUGCAUGUAACAUAUUUCCUGUGCAAAAGUGAUUCUCUGACGGCACCACCAUAACGCAAAAUGAGCUGACUGGAAUAGUAUUGUAAUAAGACUCCACAAUUUUGCCAAUUACUGCCAAGGUCAGAAUCACUGCUCCAGAGGAAUCGGUCUUGAAAUUCAGUGGGAAGCAUAACUGCUGGCCUCAUUUGUGUAAUAACUAUUUUUUCAAUACUGUACAACUAUAUGGACAAACCUUACACAGUGCACCAAGUGCCACAUUAGUGGAGGCACUGGCUGCACUUUUACUAAAGCACUGAACCUUUGCUCACAGACAGAAAAAUUAAAGACACUGAACUACAAUACAAAUGGUAAUGUUGACAGUGAACAGACUCUGAACAGUGUUGAGAGAUUUGUUGAUGUUUUGCUCUUGAAGCAGCUGUUCCUGAUGAUACUUAAAUAGAAAUGUAUUUUAAUUAAAUGUACUGUUAAGGAAACAUGUAAGGUAAAGUUGAGUUAGAAGAAGUAAUACAGUUUUCCCCUCUGAUCUCUUUCCUCAUUUGCAAAAAACUUGCAGUAGUUUAUUAUGGUCUGACACUGUGUAUACUUGUAAAAUUUGCUCAUUAAACUGUUUAUUACAUGCCCUACUAUUCGAUUUCAUCACAAGUAACUCAGUCCAAGCACCACAAUCCUUAGGAAUUCUGUUUUUAUCAUGUCUGUCCAUCUAUGAAUCCCGUGUGAUGCUCCACUAGUAACUAAAAGUGUUUUCAUUAAAGAGGAGGUGAGAGCAGAAGCAAAUUAUUUUCCAUUUAAAUCAAUAAGAACAGGCAGUAUUACACCAACCAAUGCUCAAAAUGCUAGCAUUUACUUCUCACGUACAUUCUGACUGCAACAGUUCGGGUGGAAGCAUCUUUACAGAUUUGAAAAGUCUAUUAUUUUUUUAACAUAUCAUAUAAUCACAAAAGGUAUGUUGUCUACAACAAACAGCACAUUCUCCUCCUCCUCCUCCUCCUCCUCCUCCAAUCUUACAUGUUAUGUGUGGCUUAAAUUAAUCAGCUAAAAUAGCCAAUAUGUGUUAACUGUUGCAAAGGAAGACGUAGUGUAGCUAAAAUUUACACUCUUAAUUAUUGUUUAAAGUGACUUUAAAGACGCAUCUUUCAGUAUUGUGGAAGCUGUCUUAAAACAGAAAGUAGAACAAAAAAUAUGACUGAUGAUGAGACUCCCUCGCACGAGACAUCUUGAUUGGCUGGAUACAAAUCAGUUAACAUUAAGUGAAGACUGACAGCAGUAGUCUCAUUACCAAGAGCAUGAAACUGUACCUGCUCCUUCAAAAAACCUCACUAGUUGCUAUCAUGUUUAAACACACAGUCAGUAAAAUCCUUAAAGGGAAAUUGAAGUUAUUGUGAUCAUAUAGAAAUAAUUUUGAUUUCCAAGGAUCUAGCUCAACUAUUUAACAUUUUGCUUUCUAUAUGAUUACUCAAGAGAAAAUUACUGUUACUCAAAAAACCACAGUAGAGUGAUGACAGGUUGUUACCUGUUAAUAACAUUGUCAUCACAAAAUGAAGUAUUUAGCAGUAUAAGUAGGAAAUCAUUUUUCCCCUUUUCAUAUUCAUCACCUAUACUGUAUCUCUAUUUUUGGAACAUGCUGAAAAGAGUGGCAUUCAGUUUUACUAUGAGCAAAUUUACAGUCAUGUUGUGUACAUAAAUCUUUAUUUAAGCUAUAUUUUGUUGUGCAUGUACAAAUGUUAAAUUAUUGUACCAGUUCUUUAACAUCUUAGUGGCAUAAUAACAGAAGCAAUGAAUUGACUUUUUACUUCUGAGCCAUGUUCAUCAAUGUGUCAGUGAAAUUUGCACAAAUAUGUGGUGUGAUGUAAAAUCCUGCAUCAAAAGCUAUCCUCCAAGGAUGAAUGUACGUCAAAUGUCUUCCUUGUUUCAUAUUGCAUUUAUCAGAUAUAGUAUUUUAUCUGAUGGUAGAAAAGAGUAAAAUGGUGUAAUGUAUUUUUGUUAGUCACAAAAAAUAAAGCAUCAGUUUGUUUCUUAAA